GCUUUUAGGUCUAUUUUCAUGUAAUCCUACGAAUAAAGUUUAAUUUCAAACAUUAAUUUUGAGGUUAUAAUUUAAAAAAAUAUACGUUAAACAUAAUUAUAUUUGUAAAUCAAAGUUUCAGUCAUAAGGAAAUGAAACAUUUAAUUAUGUGUAAUUGAACAAGAAUAUUAAUGCAUUUUGACAAUAUGUAAUUAAAUGUUAACUUUGUAAAUGAAAGAUUAAGAAAUCUUCAUUAUAAUACAUGUACUGAUGUAUAAUAAAGAAAUAGAUGUUAUCUUUAAAUAAACCCGUCAAUAAAUUUCUUUGAUCACACUUUUAUAUUUUUAAGAGAUUUUGUUCAGAAAUAUUAUUUUAACAAUGAUCUCCGAAGAUAAAACACAAAAUUUUCAACGCAUGCUUUUUGAUGAGGCUAUUUUAAAGGGAAUACAACAAAAUGAAGAGCAACGUAAAAUAUGGGCAGACUACAAGAAAGGUCACCAAAAAGUUGCAGAAGCAUUAUAUGAAUUUCGAAAGGAUGUACACGUAAACUGUAUGAUACCAAUAGGAAAAAGAGCACUGAUGAAGGGAAAAUUAAUUCAUACCAAUGAAGUACUUGCUUCUUUGGGUGAUGGAUAUUUUGCCAAAUACACUGCUGAAGGUGCAGCAGCACUUUGCGAAAGAAGAAUAAAACGUUCAGAAGAUAUGUUAAAAAAACUAAGCACUGAAAGGGAUUUAUAUGAGACUAAGAUGAUGGUAAUAGACAAUGAUGUGUUCGAAGACUGUGCUGGUACAGAAAUUGUGGAACAUUGGAAUGAAGAGAAAAUUUACGACUGGAAAAUAAAACACAGGGAAAGAGAGAAAGAAUACCAUCAAAAAUUAGCAAAAUUGAGGCAAGAAGAGAAAACAAAAAUUGAAACAGAAGAAGAUCUGUUUCACAGACUUGACCAGCUCGAAUUGGAGGAAGAGUUAGCAGAUGAAUUUAAUAGGCUAGAAGAUGAACAUUAUGAACUCUUCGGAGAAGAAUUAGAAGAAUACUCUUCAUCAGAUAAUGAGAAAGAAAAUCCUGAAGAAGAGAAGGAGGAACAAUUAGAAAAGGAAGAACAGGAAGAGGAAGAAAAGCAAAAACAAUGCAAAGAAGAAGAACAUGAGGACCAACACAACAAAGACGAAAAAGGUAUGCAGCACAAGGAGAAAGAAAAAGAGAAUCAGCAUAAGGACAAAGAAGAAGAGAAUCAGCACAAGGACAAAGAAGAAGGGAGGCAGUACAAGAAAGAAGAAAAGGAGAAACAGUCCGAGGUAGAAGUUAAAACUUAUAAAAUCAAAAAGGUUGUUUCAUUUGUUAACAUAGACGAUGAAAACAAACAAAAAGUUAAGAAAUCAACAGAAGAGGAAGGGACAAGUGAAACUGUAGAAACUGAGGAAGAUAUUCUUCGGAUAGAAUUUAGUCAUUCUGAAUACACUCCAAUUGCAAAGUCAGAAGGAGAUACAAUAGAAACACCAGGAGAUAUUUAUAGGAUAUUCUCUAAGCCCAAAUCAAUCUUAAAGAGAUCUCCUCAUGAUAUUCCACCUGUUUUGGCUACUAUUCCUGAUUAUAGUACAGAAGAGGAAGAAGAAGAUGAAGAAAAUGAACAUAUUGUUAAGGCUUCUACAUAUGAAACAGUAGUAAAAGAUAUCAAGGAAAGACACACACCAGCGGUAAUAGAGAAUGUUUCGAAGCCAGAGAAAGAAACUCGGCCAGUCAGUAAGUUUAAACGGGAACGUCAAUUAAAAAAGUAACAAAUUGUAUUUCGAACUCAAUCCGUUAGAUAAAGAAUUCUUUA